CAAAUCAAAUCAAAACCAAAGUCACUCUUUACAGCAUCACGGAUAUCAUUAAAUACAAAGAUUUGUUUACCACAUAAUGCUUCAAAAUUAUUAUGUCACAUAGUGUUUUUGAUGAGUCAUGCAUAAUUAAUAUUGAAAAGUCAAGUCGUUGUAAGCAGGAAAUAAUGGGUCAUUUUCCUAUUCAACAACUUCGUCUUGCUUUCCCCACAACGCUUUUUACCGAUCUUACUGCAGAUACAGAAUAUAAAAGCACAUGUUUGUUUAGAUUCUCGUCUACUACGAACAUACUACGAGUGUGUUAUAAUCAUAGAUCAUGUAUAUUCGUAGCACAACAAUAUUAUCACUGUUUUUGGCUUUAUAUUAUCGCACACGUUUGUUGUUUAGUUAAACCUUGUUAAAAUUUGAGAUUGGUAUUACUGAACACAGGAAUUUCUUUACAUUAUAACAACCUCACAUAAAAAUGUGAACAACAAGAUACCCAUGAAAUAUAAAAUGAUUUCAAUUAAACGCUCCUUCGUCCUGGUAUGCACUGUGGGGUGCAUUUUAUUAAUUUCUGAUUUGACCGGGGUUCAUAGGCACUUUUUGGAGAAAGACUUUGCAAAAGAGUUCUCUUAUCCUCUGGAUAUCCAAGAUUUUAAGACCAUGGUUCUCAGGUUCAAGAAUCAUGAACCAGUUCCAGUUGAGCCAAUAAAUGAGGUCGGGUCGAAUCUCAUCUAUUUAUCCAAAGCAGAGGAAGGUUGCACUUCCACGUCUUAUCGUCUCAUAAUAUUAGUCAAAUCGAACCCAAGCAAUUUUGAGAGGAGAGCAGUAAUUCGAGAGACGUGGGGUUAUCCGAAAAGAUUUUCUGACGUUCCAAUAAAAACCGUUUUUCUACUCGGAUUCGAAAAGAACUUGGACGAUCCUGUACACGAAGGACAGGAGAAAAUUGACACUUCCACAUUGGACGAAGCCAUAGAACAUGAGAUUAUAAAAUUUGGUGAUAUUGUUCAAGGAGAUUUUCAUGAUACAGAUUUUAAUAGUACGAUCAAAAUUCAAAUGGGGUUGAGAUGGUUGGUCGAGACUUGCAAUCAAUUUAGAUUUGCAUUCAUUGUGACUGACGACAUGUAUGUGUCGAUCAAAAAUUUGUUAAAAUUUGUUCGACACCCUGUUGAAUAUCCGAAUUACUGGGAAAAGCAAAAGGAGUUGGAUGAUCGAAGGAACCAUAAAAACUUUCACCAGCGAGUUUCUCGUUCAAUCGUUGAUAACCAUAAUUACAGAGAACUUAAUCACUUGGCCUCUGAUGGAACGUAUUCACCGGAGAAAGCCGGACAAGUGAAUAAGUUGCGCGUGCCAAAGAAGCCAACUAAAGUGUGGAAAAAUUCACCCAUUGAUUUUGACAUUGAUCUCUCCGAGGAUGCACUUUUGUACGCAGGAAAUGUUGUGUUUGCUAACACACAUCGCUACAAAAUUGGGACAAAGUAUUAUUUGGGUCUCGAAGAAUAUUCAUUCAAUCAAAUGCCGCCAUUCGUGUCAUCCGAAGCCAUUGUAUUAUCGAAAUCGGCAGUUAUCGAACUUCAUUAUGCUUCAUUUUACACAAAGUAUUUGCGCUUGGAUGACGUAUUUCUUGGAAUUUGCGCAAAGAAAAUGGAACUCGACCCCUUCCAUUCAAAAUACUUCCAACGGGAUCCUUCCCUUGUUCACAAUCCGUAUGGGAGCAAGGACUUCAAAUAUGUGAUAACUGCCAAUAAUUUCGACGACCCGAGUGGUCUCAAGCAAUUUUGGAAUAUGCAGAAAGAGCUCGCCAAUGCUUAAAUGAUUCAUGAUCGAAUAAUAUUAUUUUCGUUUAUUCCGUCCAUUAAAACAUACAUGAAUCUCAACAAUAUGUAACUGUAUUACAAAAAAUAUCAACAACUAUUUACAAUAAAUAUAAAUUAAACUACUGAA